ACAGCGGCUAGCGUCUUCUCAUGCAACCCUGAGUGAAGGGUAUUGUUAGAACCGAAGCAAGCCGCCAUUCGCAAAAAUAAUAAGAAAAGAUUCCAGUGCGAAAAUAGUCAUUAUCCGGUUUUAAUUAACUUAUCAAUACGAAUACCGUUUUGGGUCGUCAAAGAGCAUACUUUUCGAAAGCAAAAGCUAGUUGCAGUCCAAAGCGCGGGCCCUAACAACGCCUAGGUAUUUUUUCGCAUCCCUACUACGUUCACGCUACUGCGGCGGCAGCAUUUUUUUGCUACAAAUUUCGAGUCUUUCUGUGAAAAAGAUAAGUUAAGUGGCUUGAUUCAACAGUGCAAAUGGAUAAAACUGUGGUAAUUGGUGCCGAGAACUGAUUUUCGUUGUUCGCGAGGCUUCCCCUACUACAAACGAAGCACUUGCCCGGGAGUCCUUGUUCUGCAGAAAAUAAAACGACGCACAAAAAAAGUGCAACAUGGAGGAUAUCGAAUAUUUGGACGAGUACAAAGAUUUAGUUCUGCCAGUUUCAGGAAUGAAAAUUGGCGAUGUGCGUGGAUCGUCAGCAGCUGCGCCGGCAUCGUCUUCCGGUGCCCCUCGACGGCGUCGAAUAUCGUCAGACUCGAGCAACUCCUCCUCCAUUGAUGCCGACAUUUUCCAGAAGCUGUUCCACGGCAAGAUCAUCGACGAUGAGCUCUUCAACGAAAGUGAUGUCAAGCCGAAGGGCAGGCAUCAGUUGACCUCCUCCUCCAGCGACGACUCAAAUGAUGCCUUGGACGCGCUGUUCAAUACCCGAAGAAGUCAGAAACCGAAGCCACACAAGCGCCGAGAGCGCUACGAGUCCUUCGAUUCAGGGGAUGAUUUGGGCGAAACCUUAAUGCGAAAUUCACAUCGGCCGACUGUACUCUCCAAGCCCAGUACUUCGCAGGCGGGUGCCGGCUUCGGCAGUCACCACCUGGGUAGAUCCACUGGAGCCGCAUCCACCAGCAAAUCUCACUCAGGAGGCGCUUCCUCAAGCAAAUCCGCCGCUAGCUCCUCUAAGCUUGGCGCGAAAGGCUCCAGCUCUUUGGGAAAGCUGUCUGACUCUGUGAACGGCAGUGGGAGCGGCCAGCACAAGGCUGUCACCAUAAUAAAGGCCACAAAGACGGACUUGCGGCCGCCAAAGCAUGAGCCCAAAACAGAUCCAUUGAAUUUGAUGGACUUCUACGGGGAAUCGGACAGCGACUCGUCGUACGAAUUUGAAUCAGACUUCUAUGGAGAUCGAGACUCGGAAGACGAAGAUGCGGAGCCAGUGAUAGACAUUUCAACGGACACGAGCAGGACGACCUCAGUAGCGGACACCGUGACACCUGUUGUUUCCGACGACGAGGGCCUGGAGCAGCUGAGUGGGCCAAGUGAGCUGAAUAAGCUGAAAGAGCGGGAGCCGAUUUUGAGUUGCGUCAAUGAGCGCUUGCUAUCGUAUUUGAAUAAUCUCAGUUGCGCCGAGGCGCCACCGAUCUAUAAGAAACAGAAUAGUGCUAGGAAACCACGUUCCAACGAAAAGAAACCUUCCUCCUCCACCGAACAGGUUAAGCAUGCCAUAGAGCAACCAGCGGCCAGUGGAAAAGAGGAGACUGAAAUUAAGAAGGAGCCAGAGCCAACGACCAGUGCUCCCAACAGCUCCUCCGCCAACCGCAAAGUAUAUGACAUUGACGACAGCCUCACACUGGAGACGCUGGAGCGGAUGAGCCUUGACCUGGCUGAGCAGAUAAUGGAGAUCGAUGUUGAGCGCUCCUAUGAAUUUGAAAAGCGCUCCGGCUCCAAGCCGCGCAGUAGAUCUAAAUCGAAGCAAUUGGCAGCAGACCCAUCGAGCAAUCUCAACCAGAGUCAUGUGCGCAAGCUCUCCUAUUCCAGCGAACAGCUGGAUAAUUGGGAGUCAGAGAGGCAACAACUGCGUCGGGCAAAGAGUGAUUCAACGUUCUCCAAGCGGAAGCGCGGCAAGGGGCAGAAGCGCCGGAAAAACAGAGCUGCUACCACGGAGGAAAAGGUGGAGGUGGUGGUACCGCAAACAGGGGAAACACCGAUAGUAAAAAAGAAACGAGGAAGACCCCGUAAAAAUCCUCCAAAAGAACCCGAGAGUACAGUGUCAGUUUCUGAGGAGAAAAAUGAAUUAGAAGAGGUUGAGGAGCCAAACGCUACUAUAGAUACAAUGGAUGGGGAGGGGCCAAAGGACACAGCGCAAGAGGUGACGGAAGAGGAGGUGCCAAAUGAUGAUGCAAUAGAACACGAGUUAGAUAACGCCAAAGAGUUUACGGAACUUCAGAAGGAUAUUAAUAUGACAGUAUCUGAGCAACCAACGGAUCUCAAAAGUACUCGCGAUGAAGACGUGGAGCCGGAUAUGCAAUCGGAGGAGAGCACUGAAAGCGGGCAGCAUCCGACACAGAGCACAGGAGCUGAACCGCUUGAUGGGGUCAGCACCAAUGAAAGCGAUCCAAGCCAAACUGUAACCGAAGAUGCCCCUAGAAUAAAGGAUACUGAAUCAAUGGCAAUCAGUGAGGCCCCAGCCGAGGAAAUAGGGGCUCAGGAGGGAUCAUCUGACGCACAAAGCGGAGAUAAUGUCAGGGAACUAUCAAAGAACGAAAAUUCUUCUAAAAAUUGUAUCGAUGAAGAAAUGACGGUUGUCUUGGGUGAUGCCAUGGACGUGUCUGCCAAUCUUGAAGUGGGGGAGGUGACGGAAGACAUGCAGGAGGUAAGCGACUCCCAGCUCGCUGAAGACAUUAAGCUGGCCGAGGAGAUCUUGGCCGCCGAGGUCGGAAAGGGAGUUGAAGUAACCGAAGCCACUGGCGCCUCGGUUCAGGGGCAACAAGAUCCAGUAACUGAGAUAGUGAAAGAGUUGGAGCUGGAAACUAUUUCGGAAGUGGUAGAAAAGUCUGAAGAUCCAACCGCACUGGCAGAGCCGUCCUCGACCAAUGAGGAAUCUCCAUACGAAGUCCAUACACCAGUUCCGGAAGAGAACCCGCUUACCGAUGAGAACCCUGUAGUUGGCGAGGAGCCUUCGGCAUUACCAGACCUCAUUCCGAAAUUAGAGACUCCAACGCAAUCUCCAGCUGUCACGCCGAAGAAAUCGGAUGAUACGGCUUCGGGGGAGAGCUCUGUGGCUCGUCGUGCCCUGAGGUCGGACAGGCCUCGAUCCAGUCCCUUGCUAGAGUCUACUCCCGUUAAGGAACAUGAUAGCCGUUCCAAGCGACCGAUUAGGAACGACAUAUCGCAGAUUUUAGAGGAGUCUUCGAGGCGAAACAGCCCAAGACUGGGAAGGUCGCCUGCGGAGAGCCAAGAACGGUCGCCGGGGGGCAAAAGGGGGACUCCGUCCAAGACGACUGGGGAAAAAGCUACCAAGAAAGCUAAGAGAGCAGACAGCACACCUGCUUUGAAAAAUAAGACUGACCAAAUAAAUACGAAGAAGAACCCAGAGGAUGAGAAUAUUUUAGAGGAUGAAAAGCACACCCCUAGUGAGACUGAAACGGAGAAACCGGAAGUGGCUAAAAUAGUAAAGUCGAGGAAAUCUCGAAGCGCCCAGAGACCACUGGCGAGUAAGUCGCCUAUACCUAAAAAGCCUGAUGAAGAAAACACAGCCUCCGAUGCUAAGGAUAGCUCAGAAAAGGCUAAGGAUUCUGAGGAAGUCACUAAGGCUGAAGAUGUUCCUGAAAAAGAGCUCCUGACCCAAAGCUCUGAAUCGGAGAAACCAGAAGUUCGUAAGACUGUGAAACCCAGGAAAUCCCGCAGCAUCCAGCGGCCACUGGCGACUGAAUCGCCAAAACCGGAAAAAGAUAACGUCGGCUCUGACUCGCAAAAGGCUAAGGAUGCUGAGGAAGUGAGUAAGGUGGAAGCUGUUCCCGGAAACGACGCCCAAAGCUCCAAUAAGAAGGUGGAAACACCUGAAAGUUUGGAAGGAAAACCAGUUAAGAGGAGCAAAUCUCGGAAGGGACAAAAAGCAGAAACUAAAGCGCUUUCCGAUCAGCAGCCUAUUGGCAUUACAUCUGAAGGCCAUGAAGAAAAAGAAGCCACACAACCUACGCCCAAUGUGCCAGAUGAUGGCCCACUUAAUGAAAAUAAUGUAGAAACUAAAAACAUGGAGGAUGAAUCAGCCAGAAAAAUGGAUGCGCCCAAAAACAAGCCAGGCAGGAAAACACCGAGUUUGAAAUUGCAAUCGGAGAGAGCGAAGAAUCUGUCACGAUCCAGUAACAGGGACUCGGAUGUGGCUUCUGACAAGGAGGAGAAGGUAACAGGCAGGUUGAGUCGCAGGGACAAGACUAUGUUGGAAAGUUCCGGAACUCCCAAGGCAUCUGCUUUAUCCAAAAAGAAAAAGAAACAGAAAGGAGAUGUAGCCAAAGAGGAGGCUGUCGAAGAGUCUGAGUCUGAGUCCAAGGAAACAAAUGAAACCUUGAAAGGAAAUCUUGAAGAUUCAAACGAAAAUAAUAAAGAUAAACUCGACAGUGACACAAAAACGAACGCUAGCCCAGAUAAAACUGGGCAUGAGCCUGAAAAGUAUGUGUCAAAUGAUCCGAAAAUGGACGAUAUCCAGGACUGUAAAGUUAGAAGCGAAGAUGAGGGGCCGUCAAGUGCCAAGGAAUCGCCCUCAGAGAAUACCUUGCAUGAUAAAGGCGAUUUGGGUACCGAUGCAGCACAGGUUUUAGAUCCAAAUAAGGAACCUGAAUCUGUUGAGCCGGCACUGGAUUCGAAGGAAACUUUAUCUAAAAAGGAAUUGAAAAAGCCGAAGAAGAAUCCUGCCGGUGUCUUUGGAAAAGUUCGAAGACGACGAAAAGCUGUCCCCGUCGAACCUCAAGGCCAGGACAAAGGCGACACUGUUCCAAUUUCGACUUCCAUUGAGUCUGAUAUUCCUCCGACCGAGCAGGAUCCUAAAUGGUUAUUUUCCAACCGAAAGGUUCCAACGAAAACUUAUUUAAAGCACGAUAGGAAAAAGACUCAGAGUCCUUUCACUACACCUUCCCCGAAAAAACAGCAAACACCAGCCAAAGAAACUGGAGCUCAAGAUGGACAUUCUAAGGACAUUGAUGCUGCCCAAGAAUCCAAUUUACAGGACACCCCCAAGGCUCCAGAAGAACUUUCAGAAAUUAGUCCGAAAACCAGCCAAAGUACUCCCCAAAAGUCUGAGCGACCGCCGACUUCAACCAAAACCGACCCAGAGGAUAUCGCGAAAUCCGUCGAGGAUACACCGUCCUGCCGCAAGCUGCGCAUUCUAAUAAAGAGAACUCCCAACACAAAAUACCAAAAAGCUCGAAAAUCACCCAUCGUAAGAAAAACGCCAACCAAAUCGAAGCGCUUCAAGAAAAUUCUACAAAGAAUCGAGGAGGUUCCUGUACCAAAGCCAGAGGAGCAGGCUGAACCACCUGAAAGUCCUGAUGUACCACCGACGGCUACCGAAAUGGAAGAACCUCCACAAACGUCUCUGGAUAUAAAGCCUCCCGACGAUACCGAAUUGGAAAAUAAUUCUGCAGAGCGUCAGUCGGUGUCUGCUGCGCUUCCCAAGUUGGAAGAAUCAAAAGAAGAUGCUUCGGAAACAAUCGAACGCACCACUAAUGAUAGCGAGGAUGAGCCAAAGAAUAAACUUCCAACGGAAGAGGAACCAAUCCCUACUUCUGAGCCCACUGAUGCGUCUUCCUCGCAUACCGUUAACGAUGUUGUGGAGGAGAAACCAAGUAGUGAUGAUCCUAGCCCAGAGUUAAAAGAAACUGAGGAUGUAGAGGCGGAACCAGUUGAGCCAACAACAGAAGCUUCAGAAAGCUCAGCUCCUGAAGAGAUAUCCCCCUUAUUAAGCGAUGCUCCCACCUUUCCAUUAAAUGAAUCCAUAACAGCAACCGAGACACUUCCAGAAAAAGCUUUGGAGGAUGAUCCAGGUACAGAAACUGACCCAUCAGAAGUCACUCCUGCCCCAGCACUCCUGCCCACUGAAUCAACAGUUGUUACUCCUGACCCAGAAUCUAUGGAAGCCGGAGAUGCGAUUCUUGACCAAGAGUCUAUGGAAACAACAGAUGACACUCCCGUCCCAGAAUCUACAGAAACAACAGGUGUCACCUUCGAAUCUGAGUCCGAAGCCAGCACCUCAAGCGCUUUGAAACGCAGCUUGCGCAAACGGGAAGCGGAUCCGUCCCUACCAGAUGAAGCUGCCAAACGGAAGCAACAGCAACUGAAGGAGAAGUCUCUGGCCCAGAGGAAGCAAUCCAUGAAAAUAGAUCGUCGCCGGAACCAAAUGGAGGCUGAAGACCGACCAGCCAUGAAGCGCAACAGAGUUGAUACGGAGGAGAAGGAGAAGUUCAUCUCGUAUAUAGGCCAUGACACCAUUCUGUCGUCCGUGAAGAAGACCAAGAGCGAGCCAACCAAGACACCGCUUUCUGCAAGGAAAACCGCAGGCACAGCCGGCAAGAAGUCGUUGGAUAAAUCGCAUGGAAGUGCCAACCCUUCGGGCAAGAAGCCACUGGUGCAGACUCUAUUAGGCUCCUCCCUGACUCUCCGAAAGCCAACACAGGCAGAUGCGACUCCGUCCGGCCGUAAGUCCUUGGGCAAGCUCGAAACAUCAGCCAGUGAGGCUGACGAGAUGACGAGUCUUGGCAGCUCCGUUGUGGUCACCAAGAAGUCCUUACCGUCGAGCAAAAAGUUCGAGUCCACCAAAGACGAUGAAGCUUCUCCGGGAGUCCGAAAAGUUAACAUAUCUGUGUCUGUCGUAAAGUCAAAGGAAGCACCAGCGGAAUCUCCGCCACCUACACUAGUUGUUACUCAAACAUCACCGGUAGUGACCAAGAAUUCAGAGGCGCUAAAGACUACGAGGAAGUCAGACGUCAAAAGCAAAGACACUUCAAGAUCUGCUCUUGGAAAACCGAAACCAUCGCAAGUGGAUCAACUUAGGGCGAAGGCAUCGCGAAAAGUGGACCAUGAGCCAUCGAAAAAGGCUGAUCCAUUGGCCUUGACUCCCACCAAACCACCCUCUCAGGCGGGCGUUGCGAAGAAGGUCGAAGCGCGGAAGUCCAUUGGAGGAGCCGAGACGUUGCUAGCAAGGAAGUCUCUGUCGGCGGGAGAGAUUUCCAGGAAAUCGGAGUCCAGGAAGUCAGAAGGAGGGACCUUGCCUGCUAAGAAGUCCAUUUCCCAGGGCGAACUCACUAAGAAAACGGAAGCUCGGAAAUCGGAAGGAGCCCCCGCAAAGGAGCAGCUCCUUCAAAAGUCAGCUAGUGCAGGGGAUGCUGCCCAGAAAGUUGAAGCCAAAAAGCCGGAAGAACUCGAAAUUGAAACGCCGACAGAGACUUUGAAAAAUGUGGAACCUGAGGAAGUCGCAGUAAAAACCGCACCCAAAGGGCGUGAAGCGACCAAGAAAGCUCAAGCCGAGCGAAAAGCAGAGAUGGUGGCAUUAAAACAAGGACCUGAGGCUAUUGCUCCCUCAACAUCCACGGAUUCCUUGCGAGAGGACACAGUGCGGGCAACCCGGUCGGAAAAGAAUGCACUUGCAGCGCGUCCUCGCCCCUUGUCAGCAGUCAGGCAAGCGGUUCACGUGACGCGAGCCACCAGUAGCAGUAGAUCUUUGGCCGCAACACCUAGUUCUGAGAUCGAGGCGCCUUCGCUUAGAGGUCGAAGGCGUGGCAGGGGCGGGCGAGGACGCCGCAUGCCAGCCCAGAAACGGAAGGCCGACGAACCUGUUGAGGCUGCCGAUGCUAAACGACCCAAGGAAAUGCUUCCGAAGGCGAUACAACCAGAGAACUCUAAGGAUUUGGCAUUCCCAGUGAAAAUUACAGCCGCCAGUCUUGAGAUCCCUGAAGCUCCUAUUGCCACGCAGCCGGCAAAGCCUGUCCAGAAAGAGAAAAAGUUGUGUGUGAAAAUCAAUCGGCGAGCCUUUAACAAAUGGAUGGAGCAGCAACAGGGGCCUCAGGCAACCUCUGCAGAAAAGGGGGCUACUUCAGCAGUGAAUCAACCUACCGAAGACCCCGCGGAAACCACGGAAGUUGUCACGGCAGCUAAGUCCAUUUCGGAACAACCUCAAGAGCCUGCCAGUGCGAUACCGGAAUUACACACAUCUAGUUCUACGAUUUCAUCAGAUCCGUUACAAAAUGAGAAGGCCAAGGAACAGCUACCCGCAGCCACGGUUCCUCCAGUACUACCUUCUGUACCUCAGCAACCGAACUCCCAGCUCACAACACCUUCAGCUCCUAUUCCAGCGCCCGUCCCUGCUCCCCAACCAACCGCCUCGGCGCCAGACCCAAAGGCGCCCAUCAAUCCAGCGCCCGAGAAGAGUGUUGCCAAAGAUACCGCCCAGCGAAAGCCGCCGGUGCCCUCCAAGACAAUGCCGCUGCCAGUGCCGAUCAUGGAAGUGAAGGAUGAGCCAGAGGAUACGCCGGCAGAGCCCAUGGAUCAGGAUGUGGCGCCCAUGCCCGAGGCGGUAGCUGCCCAACCCGCAGUACCUUCAGUGCCGGUCCCACCAAUAAUCAAUGGCCGGCAGGUCAUCAGCAUGGGCUAUCCCUCGGCUGUACCCAGGGUUUCGAUACCGGCGAUUCCGUCGGCCAGUGCUGCGUCAUCAGCCAACCCGAACGCCAUCGGGCAAACGAAGAUGUUCUCCUUUCUGUAUCCCAAUCGCUAUCAGCAGUCGUACGGAAAGGUCGGACUGGACUUCUGCUGUCCCAAUCUAGAUGGACCGAUGCGCGCCAUUGAUCCCACCCGCCUGCACGCCAAGGCCGAGGUGCCGGUGCUGGAGGUGCCACAGUUUUUGGUCAUCACCACCAAAUUUAUCUCCAAGGCCGACAAAAAUAUUCCACACAAGGUGCGGGCAAAGCUGGAGAUGCUGGGCAAGGACAAGGAGCUGGAUACCAGUGUCGGCAUGGACACUUCCAUCUUGACUGACCCGGAAACCACGCAACCAGUGAUCCCACAUCCCGAAGGUACUCCCGGAACCGUAGCUCCCCCCCAGAUUCCACCCCUAAAUUCCCAGAGCUUACAAAACAAUCUGCCUCCACCUGGUGGCUCAGUUUCCCCAACUUCUGAACCGGCUCCUCUCCUUGCCUCCGGUCAGGAUACUGCACUGGACUUGCUGACAAAGCAGUUGCCAAAAGGAACUACGUUGGUGAAGAAGUUUCUGCCACCAGGAGCUACCAUGCCAUCGGCGUCGACUUCUUCAACAGCAGGCAGCUCUUCGUCAGCGACCAAUGCCUCCGCCUCCCAGUCCCCGCCUGCGCUCAUCCAAUUACCACCGAUUUGCCCGACGGACAAGCACCGCGUGGAGCUGCAGAGCAGGGUGCAGAUGUUCGACAUGGUGUUGCAGACACUCAGCCGUCGGGCGGCCAACCUCACACUGGCUGAGCGGCAGCGCACCAUCGAGGAGAUUGUCAAGACCAGCACACUGAUGCCCAUCGACGUGGAUGUGGGCACUAAGCUGCUGGAGAACUAUGUGCACUACUUGAAUCUGGCUACCAGCACACAGACGAAGCUGCCCACGGUGCGGGCGUCAGAAGUGGUUCCGAUGUCGAACGCACCUGAUGUAGUAGAGCCGAUGCCGGUUGCUUCCCUGCAAAGGAUUGGUGGCAAACCCAGCUCGGCUCCGGCGCCCACGUCGCCUUCUGAGAAAAAGAAGGCGACCCAAAAGGCGACAACUAACGUCCCGCUGUACGAUUCGGAAAAAAAUAUAAUUGGAUUCCGGAAAGUCACCAAUUUUGACUCUGCUCCUAGUAGUUCUCCGGCGGCAACAUCCAGAAAAGGAGCGGGGAGCAGCGCGGCUAGCGGAUCGAAGACAUCGACCCCGAAAACGAUGGCACGAAAGAGUUCAGGAGGGACCGCAGGCCAGGCGUCUACCGUGAAGAUGGUGCCGGCAGCCACGGCGACAAAGACAACCAAUGCCGGGACCAAGAAAACGUCGCUACCUGGUGGCACGAUGGUGGCGAUAAAUCCGCCCGAACCCCCGGCAAAGGCGGUGAAAACAACACCGGCAAGAACUGGGGCCCAGUCUAAGAAACCAGCGGGUACUCCCAAGGCAGGCGCAGCUACUGGACGCACCUCGAAUGCCAAACCGAGUGUGUUGAUCAUCAACCAGCUGGCGCAUCCGGAGGAGAGCAUCCUUCCCGAUUCAAACGACACGGCGGAUCCCAUGGAAACGGAGAUCAAGGGCGAGUUGGAGGACCCAGCGGAGGUGGUGCUCUAGCGGCGGGGCACAAGUAAACCCAGAAGAAAAGUAUUCUAAGUUACUUUAACACAGUUAAUUAAGCAGAGUUAAUUAUUUCGUUAAACGCAAGAAAGGAAUUACAUAUGUAAUGCUAUUAUGAACAUUUGUUGAAAACUUUGAUUAAUCCUGUCAUUUUUUUUAAAUAAAGAGGAUAAAUAUUGUAAUUUAAAAUGGAAAAAUAAAUUGUGUUGCCAAGAGUUUUGGCCAAUUUUAAAUGGUAACUUUAGUGUAAAUCGAAUGAGUAAAUUUUAAACACUUCGUAUUAUACUGUAAUACAAUAGAAUACAAAUAAACGCAAUCUCAAUAAG